AACAAAUUGCAGAAAAGGACAAAAUUAAAUUUCAUUUGAGGUGAAUUUCAUGUGAAUUUACAUUUACGUGCAUCGUCUACACGAGAAUCGGAUCAACACCUUAUCCGUGUGUCCCACUGAUUUAUUCUAUAAAUACUCUUUCAUAGUCUCCCCAUUUCUUUGCUUCAGUAUAGGGCAUUGCGCUGAAAAAGUCUCCGAGAGAGAGAAAGUCAGUGAGAAGUGUGUGAGAGAGAGAGAGCGGAGGAAGAGCUUGUCAGGUUUCCAUUUCCAGUACAUUCUGCAGAGCAUCCGGGGCAAGGCGAGUGGGGUGUGCAUAUCUUCUCAAACUCAAGUUUUCUGAAUAACUGAACCAAUGGAGGUACUUGGAAAAUCUAUGGUAGCAGUGCCUACAAAUGUUAUAUAUCUGUCAACUAUUCUUGGCCAAGAUGGCCCAAACCCUGUUCACAAGUGUGAUUCGAAAUGUGAAAAUGAACAUGUGUGUGGGAAUAUGUACCGCUGCCGUCUAACUGGGCUGACACACAUUUGCGACAAAAACUGUAACCAGCGAAUAUUAUAUGAUAACCAUAACUCUCUUUGCAGAGUUAGCAGACAGAUUUUCCCAUUAACACAAGCUGAAGUGCAGGCUGUGAGAGGUGUACGGAGGAAGUUUGAUGCUGAUAGUUCCCCUUCUGAUAGCUGUGCCUUUAAGCGCAGAAGGGAUGCCCAUUUCCACCCAUCACCAUUUGAGAGAUCUUUCACUGCUGUUAGUCCCAUUUGCAGUCAAGUUGGAGAUGGCAUGGACAUGAACUAGAUUGAAUAAAUUUCCAUCCUUUCAUUUGUUUAAAUGUCCUGUCUUUUAGGACAGGAUUAGUAACAAUUUCAUAAUUUGCAUGGCAGACUUGAUUGUCUUGCCAUUUUGUAGGAGGACUUAUAUUCUACAUUCCUAUGGACUGUAGCUCUAUAUAACUGUUUAGGAGUAACAAAAUUAUGUCUUAAAACGCUGAUAUGCGCCUGAGUUGAUGUCACGUGAAGGCUUUGACUAUAUAUAGUGCUGCAUUUUGUAUAACCUUUAUUUGGUUUUACUGUCUAGUCACUUUUUACCUGAGUAGUUACAAUUAUCCCUUCUUUGGGUUGUCAAAUGCCUGUGUUGGCUUUCUGGACUUCUUAAGUUGCCUACGAACCACUGUGAUUAACUUUGGGAGGUUUUUAUGUAUCCUUUCAGUGGAACUAUAUGCCUUUUUUCCUUUCCUACAGGAACUUGCACCAUCAGAUGAAGAACACUCUUUUCAGUGAGCUCAUUAAAGCUCGCCUACUUUUUUUAUGAUUUUAAUUCCCUAUGUCUUUGGCAGGUUUUAGAUGAAAUCUCCAUUUUAUUUCAUACUGUUGCUCUAGUCUCCUCUUAACUCUGUUUUUAUUUGCUUUUUGAACUUGUUCAUAUAAGGCAUCCUAAAAUGGUUUUACUUUUGCAGGAACUCAAACAUUUACAGUCAGGAGAGUUGACAUAUAGCUUAUUUCAUUGAUAUUUUGUUAUCUGUCUUGAUUCAUUUGCAGCAGAAUCAUGAGUUUCUAACUGAGUUUUUUUUUUCCUUAUUCAGCAGAUCCCUGGUCCUUCACAAGGUCUAGACUUUGAACAAAUAGAUUCAGCUAUAAGCCUUGAACUCUUGAACCAGGAUAGUUCUGUGGAAGAAUCUAACAGCAGCCAAAUCAGUUGGUGUCUUGUAACCAUGUUGAAGUGUGACUACCCUGCUGUAUCAUUGUGAGUAAUAUAUAGUCUAGUAUCAUGUCUGAUCUUUCGAAAGUAAGGUCCUAUUUGGUUGAACUGGCUUGGAGUCAGACAUCUGGUGUUUUACUUCCACCUAUCUGCAUCUGUUUUUUCUGAUAGUGUUACCCGAAGAGGAAUAUUCCACAGCCAAAUCAGGGGUGUCUAACCGCAUUAAAGUUAGUAACCUGUUGUUCAAUUUGCCCCUCUGUUAUUGCAAAAGAAAGGAUGCCUUUUUGUUGAAAGUGCUUGAUGCCAGAGGUGUCGGGACUUUCUUCGUUCUGAAAAUUAGUGGAUCUUGUCAUCUGUGCCUUGCUGCUGUUUAUUUCGAAUUCAUCAGAAAGCUACUCUUGCUGAUGACAUAUUUACAAGGUGACUGGCAAUAACCAUAAAAAGUCAAUUUUUUCACUCCGGCAUUUCACAGCUUCGUUUAGCAAUAUUUGAGGUUUCGGCUUUGGUGAAAGUAGGGGUCAUCAUAUUCAACAACAACAUACCCAAUAUAUUCCCACAUAGUGGGGUCUGGGGAGGGUAAAAUGUACGCAGUCCAUACCACUACCCCGACGGGGGUAGAGAGGUUGUUUCCGAUAGACCCCCGGCUCAGGACCAAGGACCAUCCUUCAUACCAAACACACCCUUCCACCUCAUAUUCAAGAGUCAAAUAUCAUUUCCCACUGAAAUGUCCUCCAGGAGGAUGAUCAACAUUCAAAUUCAACAUCGACCACUGGGAGAAGGCUUCUUUGUCAGUUGUGUUGCUAAGAUUUGUUGCAACAGAGCUCUGUGACGGCUUCCUACAGAAAAAUGAUUUUUCAGCUUUGCAGUAGGUGCAUUUUGUGUGAAUUUUUUUUGCAAUACGUGGCAUAACUUGGACAACACCAAAUCCACCUGCGAAUAGGGAUUUUGCAAUACGUGGGAAAAAGUUCAUGAAUUCUUGUUGUGGAAUAUCAUACAUUGGUUGCACUGUUAUGGACUGAAAGAAACAACAGACCCUCUGAUGGCAAAACUAGAAACAUACUUGAGCCUUAAACAUAGAUGCAUUUCAUUGUUAGCUGUUUAGUGCAAAUUCAACAUUGUACAUGAUGUAGAUACGAUAAUUCAUCUGAUUGGGGAUUUGCAAUCUGUAACUAUCUUUUGUAUGACUGGCUCACUGCAAGUUUGCCAUUUAUAAGAAAUUUCUGGUGCUUGCAGAGAAAUGGAGAAUACAUCUUUUAACGGUA